AUGGCUUUAGCGCUCAAGGCGUCCCUCUCGCCGUCUUCCUCGCCUCCGUCGAGCCUCCAGGGAAGCCACGCCAGGGCCGCAGUGGCAGUGGCCACACCGGGGAGGCCUUUCGUCGCCAGGGCACUGGCCGCGGCCUCGGUCGACCCGGCGGUGGUCAUGCCGACGGCGAGGAGGCUUGCGGUCAGGGCGCGCGCAGCGGCGACCUUGCUUGCCCCGGCACCGGCCGGUAAGAGCGGCAUGUCGGUAGCGAAGGCCAUGUCCCAGGCCAGACACAAGGGCAAGACGGCGUUCAUCCCGUACAUCACCGCCGGCGAUCCCGACCUGGCCACGACGGCGGAGGCGCUCAGGCUCCUCGACACCCUCGGUGCCGACGUCAUAGAGGUCGGCAUGCCGUUCUCCGACCCCUACGCCGACGGCCCCGUCAUCCAGGCAUCCGCUGCGCGGGCACUCUCGGCCGGCGUGACAACGGACGCCGUGAUGGCGAUGCUGAAGGAGGUGACGCCGGAGCUGUCCUGCCCGGUGGUCAUCUUCUCUUACUUCAACCCAAUCGCGCGGCGGGGAACGGGGAGCUUCACCGCUGCAGCCAGAGAGGCCGGCGUACGAGGUCUUAUAGUACCUGAUCUUCCUUAUAUUGAGACAAGUGUUCUUAGGAAUGAAGCCAUAAAGAACGACAUCGAGCUGGUGCUGCUCACAACACCAUCUACAAAGGCAGACAUGAUGAAUGAGAUCACAAUAGCUUCCGAAGGGUUUGUUUACCUUGUAAGUAUCAACGGAGUUACAGGAGCCCGCCCAGAUGUGAACCCGCGGGUGAAGGAUCUUCUCAAGGAGAUUAAGCAGGUCACUAACAAAGCAGUGGCUGUUGGGUUUGGCAUAUCGACCCCUGACCAUAUUAGACAGGUUGCACAAUGGGGUGCAGAUGGAGUGAUAAUCGGCAGCGCGAUGGUAAAGCAUUUGGGUGAAGCUGAUUCUCCAAGAGAAGGUUUAAAGAGGUUGGAAGUAUACGCCAGGAGCCUGAAGGAUGCACUCAGUGGCGGGUCCAUCAUUGGGGCGAGUUAG